AUGUGUGGUAAGUUAUGCAAAGGGCCUUCCUCUGGCUUUAAGAUUAAUAGGCGCCAAUUUGGCACAUUAAACUUCAGGGAAUGGAGGUCUAUAUUAGAACUAUAUGAGAGGAUCCCGGAAAGAACACUUCUAGACAUACUAAAGAUAAGCUAUGGUUGCUUACAAGAUGGUGCUAAGGGUUUUUUUCUAGAUAUUGCUCGUUUCUUUAAAGAGGAGGAUUUGGAAUCUGUUGAAGAAAAAUUAGCAGCUUACGAUUUUGGUGCAAGCUUUUAUGUUGAAGUUCUUGUUGACAAGUCUCUGAUAACUGUUGCUGAUAAUGGUAACUGGGGCUUGCAUAAUCUAAGACAACAAAUGGGUAGAGAGAUUGUUAGGCAGGGGCCACCAUCAAAUCCUUGUAAACGCAGUAGAUUAUGGCAUUAUGAAGAUGUACCUAAAGUAUUGCGUGAAAAUCUCGGAAGUAGUAAUAAUGAAGGAAUAAUGCUUGAUCCAUCUCAACAAGAAGAAGUGGAGUGGAGUAGUAUGGCCUUUGAGACGAUGAGUACUCUGAGGAUUCUUUGUCUCAUCAGAGUUCACGAUUCAGUGGGACCUUUGUCUAAGCUUGUUGAAUUAGAUCUUAGGGAAUGCAGCAGUCUUACAAGCUUUUCACGUGAAAUCAAGAUGGCUUCUCUUCGAAAGCUUCAUCCCAGUUAUUGCAGGAGUCUUGAUUACUUCCCAUGUAUAGUGGGAAAGAUGAAUGCACUGAGGGCAAUUUAUGCUGAAGGCACUGCUAUUAAAGAGCUCCCACUUUCCAUUGGAAAUCUUCCAAGACUUGAAUCUUUAGCUAUAAGCUCCCACAAAAGUAUUAGGGAGCUUCCAAGCGGCUUAUUCACAUUGCAAAACCUUGGUUGGUUUAACCUAAGUGGGAGUGAUUUUGUUUCCCUUCCUGAGUGCAUCAAAGAGUGUGCUAAUCUGCAGACACUAGUACUGUAUAACUGCAAGAGGCUUAGAGACAUACCAGAGUUGCCAUGGAAAUUGGCAAAUAUAGAGGCAGAGGAUUGCACAUCAUUAACUACAGAGUCAUUAGGCCAUCUAUGGGAUGAAAAUGAGAAUUCUCCUUUUAUUCUUUUAUAUGUUGUUUUCAAAUCUGAAAAUACCUUUGGCCUUGUUGUUCUGGUACAUCAGGCGAGAAAGGAGUUUUCUCACUUGAACAUCACUAUGCCAUUAACAACAUUUCCUGAUUGGUUCAACGAAUGCUGUAAAGGAGGGACACUGUCUUUUGAGGCUCGUGGGAAUUUCCCUCAUGCUGCCUUUGCAUUUGAGUUGGGGAAAGCAAACACCAGUUCAAAGCACUUGCUCCAUGUUUCUGUGAGCGUCAAUGAAGAGUGGGAGAGGCUUGAUAGUUUUCUGGAACUGGAUUGGAAUGAUGUGGAAAUAGAAGUCCUAUCUCUAAUCCCCCGCAAGAGAAAAAAAGUGAUAAAGUUAACACCAGAAAUGCCUGUAGUGAGCUGUGGAGUUUAUGCGUACAAACAACAAACAAACAUGGAGAACGUCCGGUUCAGUUCUACUAUGCCUUCCUUGAAUGCUCCAAGGACUUCACUGAAGCAAAGAGCGGUUACUUCUCCUCCUAAUGAACCACCCAAGAAGUCAUUGGGAAUGUUCAAGGUUGCUGAUUACUCAAUAACAAAGAAGGGGAUAAGGUGA